GCACGUAACAGAUCACCAUCUUCCCGCUCCUCCCUUCCCAAGUCCAUCCCGCUGCAGCCAUGCUCAAGCAACACAUUGUCUCACUCUUUUGUCUAACUGCCGCUUCGGCAGUUCUUGCACAGUCGCCACAAUCGCUCCUGUCAGUCCUCCAGGCGAACGGCUUCACCGAGUAUGCCCAGCGGCUCCAAGCCAGCGAGCCAGUGGACCUACGGCCGGGCAUUGUUGUGUAUGCCCCAAGCAACAAUGCCUUUACAAGUUCCUCCGUAAACGUCACAGUCGCUCGUCGCGCGGACGAUACCAUUGCGAGGAGAAACGCUGCCAGUUACAACUUCGGAUAUGUGACCUAUCCAACACACGUUUCCUCGACUGGCAACAACACGUUAUCCACCAUCAUAAGAAAGCGAGAAACGGAUCUUGGCGCCGUCUACGAGACGCUGUACCAGGAUCAAUCAGUGCGUCUUGGUGCCGGGCACAACCAGACACUUGUUCAAAGAUAUAUCCCCUCUGCCUCGCUGCCGUUUGUCUUCACGGGACUCGGCAAGUAUGUCAGGGUCACAGGCGAUGAUAUCCCCUUCGACCAUGGCGUCAUUCGGCCAAUUGAUGGAGUCCUCACCCUGCCAAGGAAUCUCUCAACUACCCUUCAGUCCUUGGGGGAGACGAAAUUCGGAGCAGCACUGCAAAGCGCAGACCUAGUCUCGGCUCUGCAAAACACUGCAUCCAUCACCGUCCUGGCACCUAGCGACUCAGUGUUCAAUCUCGCCAGCACACUCACCAAGACGCAGCUCGCUCAAAUCAUCAAGGAGCAUGUCAUUGUGAGCUCGGGACUCCCGCUCUACUCGCCGUGGCUGGAGAACGGCCAGGUGUUUCGCACUCUCGGCGGAACCAACAUCACCGUGGUCGUCAGAGACAAUGUCGCCUACUUGAACGGCGCGAAAAUCCUAGGAGGCGACUCGGUCAUUGAGAAUGGAGUGGUGCAUACUAUUGACAAGUUGCUGAGCCAAAGCAUUCCAACCGUGCCGGCGAACGCAGCGAUGAAGACAAGAUUGCUAUCUUGGGAGACUCUUACAUGUAGCUUCAUGGGGACAGUCAUUGCCGCAGCACACUUUCUUAUGUAAAAUGUGCAAAAUCUGAUGGUAGC